AUGGCCGAUCCCGACUCCCAGACGCCUCCCCCUCCACAAUCCCCCUCCCAGCACCAGACCAGCGUCCACGCCUACGCCAGCAAUGGGCUGGAGAUCCUCCAGGCUGCCAGCGACGCCGCCCAGCAUCAUGCCGCCAUCACGUCUCAGCAGACCCAGGCUCUGCAGGAUGCCGCUGCAGAGGCCGUCGCCCAUCCGACGACGACGACGACGACGACGAGCAGCGUCGACGGCAGUCCUCUAGGUGUUCACGAUGCCGCCGCGUCUGUCGCCGCCCUCGCCCAGGCUACCGCCGCACAGCAGCUUCCUCACCACACCUCUCAACCUACGGCGCAUCAUCAUCAUCAUCAGCAUAUCCUCCCUGCGCCGCCGCCCUCCCCGCCGAUCCACAAUGGCCCCGAUGGAACCGCCCGUGGCUCCGGCGGCGCCGGCGGCCCGCGCGACCCGACAGUCAACCCCAAGCUGACGCGCCUCCGACGAGCUUGCGACAUGUGCAGCAUGCGCAAGGUCAAAUGCGACGAUACCACCAUCCCCUGCAAGCCGUGUCACGAACUCGGUGUUGACUGCACCUACAAUCGCGAGACGAAGCGGAGGGGUCCGCCCAACAAGCAUGCCGAGGCAGCCAAGGCGGCAAAGAGGGGGCGCAUAGAACCCAGCCACAGCGAGUUCAGUCCAGGGCCACCAAUGCAGCAGCAGCAGCAGCAGCCAGCUCAACAACAGCAGCAACAACAUCCUAUCCCAAAAGCAGUGUCAUCCACGGGGAACGGGAUAAUACCUGACGCAACCGCCCCCGCUGACGCCGAGAGCAUUGCGCCCAUGCCCGUGCUGGAGCUUCUGGUGGACGACUUCUUCACUUACAUCCACCCGCUUGCGCCGUUCCCGCACGAGCCGACGUUUCGGCAGUCGUUUGCUAACCGCGAGGACCGCACGCGGCCCGAGUUUCUGGGCUUGCUGGCCAGCAUGAUUGCCGCUCUGGUGGCGUCGUUCCCCCGCAGCGCGAGGGAGCACCUCAAGGCACAGCACAGCACCCAUCUGUUCCCCCGCGCCAUCGUCAUGAUUGACAAGUGCCGCGACAUUGCCCUGGCCACCCGCGGCGCCAGGUGGGUGCUCAAGGAGCCUAAAACGCUCGACGACGCUGCCACGUCCUACUUUCUUGGCCUCGCGUCAGGCUAUACCCACCGCUGGAUAACGUCGCAGCACUUCAUGGCUGAGACCCUCACCCUUAUCCGGGAGCUGGGCUUCAGCAAGCCCAAACACCCUGGCGAUCUGCCCACCUUUGGUAACGAUCCAUAUUCUCCCGAUCCUCUGCUAUUCAACCACGUCAAGGAUCAGAUUGGCAAGCGCAUUUUUUGGUGUCUUCUCCUCGGGAUUCGCUCCUUCUCUCAGCUAGGCAACUCACAGACAGACGUGGUGAUUGCGCCGUCGACACCUAGUCUGCCGUACCCCGCAUACCCCGAAAACACCGACGACAUAUACAUUGUAGCGAAUCAGAUCAAUGAGCAAGCCGAGGGCAGCACGUCGCUCCUGACGGGAUUCCGCUUCGGUAUCGAUAUCUAUACGACGAUGAACGGCGUUGUCAGCUUGGAGCUCGCGUACGGCAUGAGCACGCUACCUUGGGCGGACCAGCGUCUUCUCCUACGCGACGGACUACUCGCCGUCAAGAGCAUCAUCGACGACCUCCCGGCGGACCUUCAGCUCGGCCAGACGGGGCCGGACGUGGACCCCAUGGAGGCGUUUGAGGAUUCGACGAUGCAGUACGUGCCGCCGCUGUGGCCCAACGCGCAGCCGCCGCAUGACCCGCGCCUCGCCUUCAAAUUGCAGCCUCACCGCCGCCGACAGCUGCAGUACGAGAUCCAAAAGGCCAACAUAUUUGUCUCGCAGCUCGCCACGCGCUCCUACUUCGUCGAGCUUUACUUUGACCUGCGCGACGUUCACCUCGCCGACCAGCACAACGGCGACGACGGUAUGGGGCACCAGACGGAAGAAAACAAGGCCGCUGAGGAGCGCGACGACAAGGACGUCCUGGCCCUCAUGACCAACGAGCGCGAACUGAUAGUCCAGAAUCUGCUCGCUGUCCUAGGGGCCAUCUCCCAGCGCAACCUCGAACCCAACGGCGGAUCCAUCGUCAACAAGAUCCGCCAGGUAGCGUCCACGCUGCUCAACGACGCCCCCGAACGUAAGGGUCCGCUGGCGGUCAAGUCGGAGGAGGCUCUCAGCCAGUUGAUCCAGGUGCUCGUCAAGCUGGAGAAGACGGGUGCCGCAGGUGGGAGUCCCAACGGGAACGACCCGGCAACACACAUGACGCCACAGGAUGAGGACGAGGAGCUCAGUCACUGGGCUGAUCUUCGGGAUUACCAGUUACGGUAUGCUGCCGAGGGAGAAUUCACGGGACCUCUGUUGUAG